GGCCCGAAUUGGAUCUGACAAAGAAAUUGAAUCUAAGCAUAUUUGUUUAUGUACCAGUUUUAUACAUAAAGUGCUCGAGAAUGGUGACAUAUUGAUUGUUGACCAAUGGAAUCUUGUUCCAACAUAUAAAUUUAUUUCAUCUAAUGGUACUGUGGAAGGGUCAACACUUAUUGAAACUCCUGAUGAAAGUACAAAUUUGUUUACGAUGUUUAGUACUUCAAUAUUAGCAGUUUAUUUUAUGUUAACAGUUGAUGAACUUAAAAAAUAUGUAAAAAGUGUUGAAGAUAAAAAUAGUUUGCCUUCUAAAAUCUUGGAAAUUUCUAAAAUAGACGAUUUUGAAAAAGAAUUAAAAGAUUCUAUAAAAGAAUUAAAAGAUUCUGUGAAGGAAUUAAAAGAUUCUAUGAAGGAAUUAAAAAACAAUUAA